AUGGCUGUUGUGCAUAUCAUUACUGUUUUGGUGUUGUGUUUGACGUGUAUGCUAUGUGAACCAUACUAUGAUAGACAACACAGAGUUGACAUCUCCAGAGAAACUGACAUUUUCAGUAUUGACUUCCUUAUGCCUGAAGUCUCUCCAAAACAGACUGAUACAUAUCUUUGUACAUCUGUCAAGAUGCCAGAAGAGGAAAUUUAUAUUGUGCAUUAUGAACCACAAGCUGAUAUGAACACUGUUCAUCAUAUGAUACUCUAUGGAUGUGAAGCUCCAUAUGCCGCUCUAGAGAACUGGGAAUGUGAGUCUCGAAUCUGUCGAGGUGGUACCAAGAUCAUGUAUGCUUGGGCCAGAAAUGCUCCUGCUCUAAAGCUACCUGAAGGUGUUGGAUUCCGAGUUGGUGGUGCUGGUCAUUCAAAAUAUUUAAUAUUACAAGUGCAUUAUAACAAUGUAGAUGACUUUGUGGCUGGUGGUAUGGAUACAUCUGGAGUUAAAUUAUUUAUGACAUACACUCCUCAGCGGUUCAUAGCUGGUAUUUACUUAUUAGUCAGCAUGGAUGUCAACAUCAAUCCAGGAGAAGAAAAUGUCCAUUCCGAUGUCUACUGUCCAUAUGAGGAAAGACAUAGAAUCCAUGCUUUUGCAUUCCGUGUUCACACCCAUAACCAUGGUAGAGUGGUCAGUGGUUACAGAGUACGCAAUGGACGAUGGUCAUUGUUAGGAAAAGCCAACCCACUUUGGCCACAGGCUUUUUACCCUAUGGAUAGCGACUUUGAAAUUCAGCGUAAUGAUGCUUUAGCUGCAAGAUGUACAUUCAGUGGUGAGAACCUGGACCAUUCUGUUAAUGUUGGCUCAACUAGUAAAGAUGAAAUGUGUAAUUUUUAUAUAAUGUAUUACAUGGACAAUGAAAAUGAAGACAUCAUUCAGGCUUGCUCUAAAAAAGCCAUUCAUGUACAGUUCCCACCAGAUUCAGACAUCCCCCCUCCACCAAAUGAGUUCCUUCAAGACAAGAUGGAGUACCAUCACCAUGAGAACUACUAUAAUUACUAUGACGAUUACUAUGAUGAGGAUCAGAAUGUGGAGAAAAGUGAUGACAAACCAGAUGAUGUAAUCAAGGCUGAGGAAAAAGAAAAUAAACAGGAAGAAGAUAAGGAAGAUGAGGAGAUUAAUAUAAACCAUAAUGAGCAAACGGAUGAGAAAGUACAAACAACAUCCACACCAUUAAAAACAGCUGAGGUGCAAAACAAUAAUAACAAACAAGGUGGUUUUCAGGAAGUUCAAGAUUGGUUGACAUUGUCAGACAUGACCCUGGGUCAAGUUUCUGCUGUAGAUCUGGAUAAGAAUGGUGAUGUUGUGAUAUUUCAUAGAAAAGAUAGAAUCUGGGAUGCCACUACUUUUGACGCCAAUAAUAAUUUUCAAUUCGCUGCGGAUGGACCAAUAAUUGGUAAUACAGUUAUAACAAUAGACAAGAAGACAGGUAAAAUCAAACAUCAAUGGGGUUCCAAUCUGUUCUAUUUACCUCAUGGACUAACCCUUGAUAAUGAUGACAAUAUCUGGAUCACUGAUGUCGCUCUCCAUCAAGUUUUCAAAUUCCCACCAGGGGGUAACAAUUCACCACUGAUUGAGCUUGGAACUAAACUAGAACCAGGAAAUGAUGAUCAUCAUUUUUGUAAGCCGGCUGAUGUAGCGAUUGAUCCGUACACUGGAUAUUUCUUUGUUGCCGAUGGAUACUGCAAUACACGCAUUAUUAAGUAUUCUCCACAGGGUGAGAAAAUAUUACAGUGGGGAGAGCCUUCAACACAUUCUAUUAAAAGUUUUCCUCCACCUGGUACUUUUAAUCUCCCUCAUUCAUUGGUGUACAUUGAUGAUACAAAUCAAGUCUGUGUUGCUGAUAGAAAAAAUGGACGUAUACAGUGUUUCAAAAGUUCAAAUGGUGACUUUGUAAUUGAAUACCAUCCAGCAGAGUUUGAUGGAAGAGUCUUUGCUAUAGAUUACACACCAAUGAAUGGUGGAUUAUUGUAUGCGAUAAAUGGUCCAGUUAUGAAAUCUGGAAGUAAAGAACCUCUUGGUAUUGUUAUCAAACUAGACACUGAUGUGAAUAUUACAGUUAAUAAUAAAGACCAAAUAAAAAUCGAUAAAGGUGACCUACCAAAGCCCUUAUAUAACAACUAUCAUGACACCGGCAAGGACAUGAUGCCAACUUUGUUAAUUAUGACACUUCUUGCUAUUCCAAUUGUUCUCAUGGCAUUGGUUACAGUGGUUCUCCGACUGCGUGCACAAGGAAAAUUACGUGUACAGAAUAUCAAGUACUUUUUCAGUAAUGGUUAUCGCUCCACCAGUCAUGGAAAUGUCAACUUGGGAUCGUUUUUCAACCGCCAUAAAGGUUUCAGUAAAGUGAGUACAGAAGACAGUGAUCAUGAUCACUUUAGUGAAGAGUCAGAUGUGGAUGAGUAUACAGCUAUGAAUGUUGGGAAGUCACAGAACUUAUAG